UCAUAGCGGCCACCAUUGGGCGAUAGUUCGUUCCGUAAUCGAUAGAAGCUGCAGCAACCAGUUUGGAAUAACAUUCGGCAUGGAAAAGAAGCACCGCCUCGUGGUCUACGACUGCGAUAUUGGGACUGAUGAUGCCUGGGGACUGGCUAUGAUGCUGCGGGCGGAGGAGCUGACUCUGCGCGAAGGAAGGACCUGCAAAGUGGGGGCCAUAACGACGGUGCAUGGCAACACGGACGCGGACAAUGGAACACUGAACGCCCUGAGGGUGCUGCACACGUUGAACAGGCGCGAUGUUCCGGUCUUUAGGGGCUGUUACGAGUCCAUAGUGCCCCGCACAUGGGAGUACACCAACUGUUUCCAUGGCCAGGAUGGCCUAAACGAUGUGGGCAACUAUCCCGUGGUCGAUGUGGAGCAGGAACUGCAGCCUGAGCACGCGGUCAAUGCCAUGUACCGCCUGGCCAGAGAUAAUCCCGGCCAAGUGGACUUCCUGCUGUGCGGACCACUUACCAACUUUGCCAACUGCAUCAAUCUGUAUGGAAACUCAUUUCUGACGAAGAUUGGACGAGUCUAUAUAAUGGGAGGCAACAUUUUCGGCAAGGGCAAUGUCACGAAAAGUGCCGAAUUCAACUUCAUGAUGGAUCCCGAGGCGGCGCACAUUACCCUGGAGCGUCUGCUGGAGCCGGCGAUCAUCCUGCCCUGGGAGCCCUGCAUCGAUGGAGAGUUCGACACCACCCUCGACUGGCGACUGAAUGUCCUCGGCGCUGUUGAUCAUCCCUUCAUAGAGCUGCUCACGCGCGUGGAACGCUCCAUGCUGGAGCCGCGAGGAUUCGUAAAGUGGAUCAGUUGUGACUCCCUGCUCACCGCCGCCUACCUCUUCCCGGAUGCGAUGAUCGCCGAACAGCGGAAGUACUAUGCCACCGUGGAGCUGAGUGGCAACCACACCCGUGGCCAGAUGGUGCUGGAUCACCUGCGCGGCCGGAAGGUGGACAACAUCCAUGGCAAGAAGAUUAAUGUGCACAUCAUUAGGCGCCUCACCAGUGGAGCGACCUUCCGCACGAUCAUCGCCUGGACGGGAUUCCUUCCCAACGCCGAUAUCGCACAACUAUGCGAUUAGCAUCUUAAAUAUACAUGUCACGUUUAAAGCAA